UGGGGGGGACCCUGCUGGGCCUUUUAGGCCCCGCCCUAUGAGCAUCCCCUGGGGAUGAGCCAGGUCCCAGGGAGUGGACCCUGCACCAGGAUAUGCAGAUUGCCAGGUUUCUCCUUUCCUUUUAAGCUCUCCCUCUGCAUUCCUAUAGGAUUUGUUAAUACAUCACUUUAUUCACCAAAUCAUUUGUCCUGGGCACUGGUGUUACAUCAGUAAGAGAGAAAGAAGCCUUUAUCUUUAAUUUAGAUAAAGGUGGUUUUUUUUUCCGUAUGGGGUCUUUGUGCUUGCAAGGCAGGCAGCGGAGCCAGUGAGCUAAAUCCCCAGCCCUUUAUCUUUAAUUUAGGAAGCAUGUGUUCUUAGUUGGACACCACUAGUAGGUAUUUGUUAAAAAGUCAGACGUGUUCAGCAUAAAAAUAGAAGAAGCUGGGUGUGCUGGGGCACGCCUGUAAUCCCAGGCCGAGGCGGGAGGAUCUCAGCGAGUUGGAGGCCAGCUUGGGCUGUGGACUGAGUUCAGAGCCACCCUGAACUACGUAGUGAGACCUUGUUUCAAAAACAACGAAACAGAGAAGAAGAAGAGAGGGAGGGUAGGCAAGAGCUGUGUUGGGGGCCAGGGCAGCUCCCUCCAGGUGACAGGGAAGGUCUGGCAGAGAAGGGGACUCAGGCAGAAGCCCGAGGCAAGGCAGCUCCGUGUGCAGUGAGGAAGGGAUGAAGGGCGGGGCUGCUGGGCCUGGCUGAGGCAGACGGACUGGAGCACUGCCCCCGCCGCCCACCACCCUGGAGUCAGACAGCCUGCAGUUUGUUUCCUCGGCGCCCCCCCCCCCAGCCGCCUUAUCACCACAAGGUGAAUGGGUCUUGUGGUUUCACUGAGCAUUGCACAGGGAAUGCAGAGAGAAUGAUGGUAUGGGUGACGUUGAAAAACCACUACAUCAGCCACGGUGACUGGCAAGUUGUGUUGGAGGGGAAGAGAAACAGCGCAUCCCAGCUGAAAAGGGACAUUUUUUUUUUUUGGUACCGGGGAUCGAACUCAGGUCCUUGCGCUUUCAAGACAGGCGGCGGAACCACUGAGCUAAAUCCCCGGCCCCAAGGGACAUUUUUCAUUUUGGUGAAGUUUUGAUCAGAGUUGAGGGGUGGGGAGACCAGAGGUGAGAAGAGUUCUCUGUUCCUGGUCACUGCCCCCCCCUUUUUCUUUUUGGUUUCUUGAGACAGGGUCUCGCUGUGUAGUCCAGGCUGGCCUUGGACUCGGGAUCUCCUGCCUCAGCCUCCAGAGUGCAGGGCUGCCAGGUGUCCCCUUCUCUUGUAGUGAAAUCUCUUCUGUGCUAGCCACUGUGGUUGCUGGAGGUUUGUUUCCUGAAAACAGUUUGCAGGUUGGAGUCUUUCACAACCCAUUUGUUCCCUCCGCCCAGGCUGAUUCUUUAGCCCGUUUGUCAGCUGCCCGUGAGUCCAGCUUUGUUCUCAAACCAGCCAUGGCUUGCUCUCCCAUCACGGGCCUCAGUUCUCCCAGCCAGGCGACUGGGAAAGCCUGGCCUUAGAGGCUGCUGCGCUGGCUCCUGGCCCGGCUGAGCUGACCAAAAUAGCCACAGAAGAGCUGUUUGCACGAUUGAACCUAGGGGCUCGAACAUCCUAGGCAAGUGCUGUACUACUGAGCUGCAUGCCUAGCCUCUCACAAGAAUAUUAUGAAGCUAGGCUUGGUUGCAGACACCUGUAAUUCCAGCUACUUGGGAGGCUGAGGCAGGAGGAUUGGAAGUUCAAGGCCAACCUGGGCAUCUGACCCACAAUCGAGCAUGGCUGCCACUGCCGCUGUCAGUCCCAGCGACUACCUGCAGCCCGCCGCCGCCGCCGCCGCCGCCGCCCAGGAAUCGCAGCCCUCUCCCUUGGCCUUACUGGCUGCAACAUGUAGCAAAAUCGGCCCCCCGGCGGUGGAAUCGGCUGUGGCGCCUCCGGCACCCCCCCAGCCCACGCCCCGGAAGCUGGUCCCCAUCAAACCCGCCCCUCUCCCGCUCAGUCCUGGCAAGAGCAGCUUCGGCAUCCUGUCCUCCAAAGGCAACAUACUCCAGAUCCAGGGCUCGCAGCUGAGCGCUUCCUACCCAGGCGGGCAGCUGGUGUUCGCCAUCCAGAACCCCACCAUGGCCGGCAAGGGCGCGCGCUCCGGCGCCAGCAUCCAGUACCAGGCGGUCCCGCAGCUGCAGGCGGGCAGCACGCAGACCAUCCAGGUGCAGCCCGGCCUCGCCAACCAGAUCCAGAUCAUCCCCGGCACCAACCAGGCCAUCAUCACGCCCUCGCCAUCGGGCCACAAGCCCGUGCCCAUCAAGCCGGCCCCGGUCCAGAAGCCGGGCGCCACCCCCGUGCAGAGCAGCGCCAACGUGGUGAAGCUGACAGGCGGGGGCGGCAACGUGACCCUCACGCUGCCCGUCAACAACCUCAACAACCUCGUGAAUGCCGCCGCCGGGGACCCCGGGACCCCCGCCCAGCUCCUCACCGAGAGCCCCCCCGCCCCCCUGUCCAAGGCCACCAAGAAGGCCCGGAAGAAGGGGGUCCCCGCCACGCAGCCCCCGCCGCCGCCGCCCGUGGCCGUGGCCGAGCAGGUGGAGACCGUGCUGAUAGAGACCACGGCAGACAACAUCAUCCAGGCGGGGAACAACCUGCUCAUCGUGCAGAGCCCGGGCGGCGGGCAGCCCGCCGUGGUGCAGCAGUUGCACGUGGUGCCGCCCAAGGCCGAGCCGCAGCAGGUGGUGCAGAUCCCCCCGCAGGCCCUGCGCGUGGUGCAGGCCGCGUCCGCCACGCUGCCCACCGUCCCGCAGAAGCCGUCCCAGAACUUCCAGAUCCAGACGGCGGAGUCCGCUCCCACUCAGGUCUACAUCCGCACGCCUUCUGGGGAGGUGCAGACGGUCCUGGUCCAGGACAGCCCGCCAGCCACAGCUGUGACUGCCUCCACCACUCCCUGCAGCAGCCCCGCGCCCCGCGCCCCCAGCCUGAGCGGGAGCAGCAAAAAGCACUCGGCCGCCAUCCUGCGCAAGGAGCGGCCGCUGCCCAAGAUCGCGCCGGCCGGGAGCGUCAUCAGUCUGAAUGCUGCGCAGCUGGCGGCCGCCGCGCAGGCCAUGCAGACCAUCAACAUCAACGGUGUCCAGGUCCAGGGUGUGCCGGUCACCAUCACCAACACCGGCGGGCAGCAGCAGCUGACAGUACAGAAUGUCUCCGGAAACAACCUGACCAUCAGUGGGCUGAGCCCCACCCAGAUCCAGCUGCAGAUGGAGCAGGCGCUGGCUGGGGAGGCGCAGCCGGGGGAGAAGCGACGCCGCAUGGCCUGCACUUGUCCCAACUGCAAGGACGGGGAGAAGAGGUCCGGGGAGCAGGGCAAGAAGAAGCACGUGUGCCACAUCCCAGACUGCGGCAAGACCUUCCGGAAGACAUCGCUGCUGCGGGCCCACGUGCGCCUGCACACUGGCGAGCGGCCCUUUGUGUGCAACUGGUUCUUCUGUGGGAAGAGGUUCACACGUAGUGACGAGCUGCAGAGGCAUGCGCGCACACACACAGGGGACAAGCGCUUCGAGUGUGCCCAGUGUCAGAAGCGCUUCAUGCGGAGCGACCACCUCACCAAGCACUACAAGACCCACCUGGUCACCAAGAACUUGUGAGGCCAGCGAGCGGGAGGCCCUGCAGACUCGGACCCUCGGUUCCCCCAGUCCCGAGGGCCCGGCUCCUGUGUGCGGUCGAGUCCCCACAGGAAGGGGCUCUGCACCCGCCCUCCCUUUCUCACCUCGGGUGCUGGCCACCUGGCCCAGGGACACUGGCCCUGCCCAGUGCGGCCCUGCCCAGUGGGGCCCUGCCCGAGACGUUCUGACCCAGGACGCGUGGGACCCUUAUUUCCAAAGGAAAACGUGCAUUUCACUCCGUCGAGGAGCAAAGUGAGCCCCCUCCACCCCCCUCCUGCCCCAGCACCCCCAACACUGCCGGGGUCCCAUCGUGCCAUAGCCCCCGCCCCACCCCGGCCACCAGGGACGUCCCAGGGCCCCGCAGCCUCCCCGGGCGGCCGCCCUCGCAGCGGCAGAGACCGCUCCAGACAUUCCAACUUGCAGCCAGGGUCGGCGCUGUGGGCCCCGUCCCUCUGCGGAGAACGUUGCCUUAUACUCUACUUCCGAUGAUGAACACUGUGUAUUGUUUGCUUUAACAAGUUUUAUUUAAUUGCUCCCUUGGUCCCCUCCUGUCAGCUCCUGUGCCUGCUCUCAUUUGGGGUUUGGGGGGGUCAGUGAUGAGGGUAUGAACUUCAUGUCAUCCCGAGUGACACCGCAUUUCCCCAGGUCCACACCCACAGGUGCCCUCCCCGGCCCCUGGCCACCGGCUGUGUACAGUGUAUAUUGUAUAAUAGAUGACUGCGUCUACUACAUGUUUUAAAAACAUAUUGCUUGUUAUUUUUGAGGCUUUUAAAUUAAACAAAUUCAACUUUAUUUUUAGUUGUAACUGCUUGAGGUAUGUUUUCUGAAUUAAGUGACAGAUUUGUUAUCCUUUAUUAACAGUGGACUUUGUUGGUCGGUGCUGGGCUGACAAAAAAAUUUUCUUGCUAAUAAAUUUAGUUGCCUGAGGCAAAAUCUGCA